AUGGCAUCCCUUAAUUACCCACAAAAUUUCGAAGAUCAUUUACCAUUAAUGGCGGAAAAAUUAGGUGGGGAUGCUUUAAUUGGAGAAUUAUGUAAAGGGUUUCAAUUAUUAGUUGAUAAUGAUAAAGGGGUUAUUACUUUUGAUAGCUUAAAGAAGAGCGCUGCUUUGCUUGGAUUACAAGAUCUUACUGAUGAUCAUUUAAGAAGUAUGUUGAAUGAAGGUGAUUUUGAUGGUGAUGGUGCUUUAAAUCAGAUGGAAUUUUGUGUUUUGAUGUUUAGAUUAAGUCCUGAAUUGAUGGAAGAAGCUCAUGAUUUGCUUCAUCAUGAUCUUCAAUCCUUUUUCUGAUAUAAUUUUGAUGAUUUGCUUCAUCUUGAAUCAAAUGGAAUUUUUGUUUUUUUAAAAAUUUCUUCUUUCCCCCUUAUACUGUAAUUGAUCAUGAUUCUUUGGGAAUGGUUAUUGAUAUAAUUCAAAUAAUUUUGCUAU